AUGACUUUGCAAUUACCCGAUCGAAAAAGAAAUAGUAUACUCAAAAAUUUAGAGAUGUUACUCACUACUAAAUCUAUACGCAUUCGAGAAUUUGCGCGAGUUCUCGGUUCCCUUACUGCUGCAUGCCCUGCCAUUUCCUAUGGAUGGCUACAUACGAAGUCACUAGAAAGAGCUAAAUAUAUGGCACUUCAGCGUAAUGCAGAUAAUUACAAUGCUUUUAUGGCUAUUCCAAAUAAAUUGCACGAUGAUUUGAUAUGGUGGAAAAAUCAUAUUCUAAUAGCUAGUAAUCGUAUUAGACAACAUAAAUAUGAAAUGGAACUAUUUACUGACGCUUCAUUGACAGGAUGGGGUGCCGCCUGUCACAAUGAGAAGGCUGGUGGUUUGUGGUCUCGCAUUGAGCGUACUAACCACAUAAAUUAUUUAGAAUUACUAGCCGUUUAUCUCGGACUGAAAUCAUUCGCUAACACAAAAAAAGAUUGUGAUAUUAUUUUGCGUGUCGACAAUACAACAGCGAUCUCGUACAUUAAUAGGAUGGGCGGAGUUCAAUACCCGCAUUUAAAUCAUAUUGCAAAUAUAAUAUGGAAAUGGUGCGAGGAAAGGAGAAUAUUCAUUUUUGCUUCAUAUAUUAAAUCUACAUUAAAUACUGAAGCCGAUAGAGAAUCGAGGAACCUAAAUAUUGAUACUGAAUGGGAAUUAGCGUCGUAUGCAUUUUCAGAAAUAGUAUAUACAUUUGGUAAACCAGAUAUAGACCUUUUUGCAUCUCGUGUUAAUACUAAAUGCCCUAAGUACAUAUCGUGGAAAAGAGAUCCCGAUGCUUAUAAUAUUGACGCUUUUACUUUGGACUGGUCUACUUAUUUCUUCUAUGCAUUUCCUCCUUUCGCUAUAAUAUUAAAGGUACUAAACAAAAUUAUACAUGAUAGAGCUACAGGCAUAGUGGUUGUACCACAAUGGCCAUCACAGCCUUGGUACCCCCUUUAUAAAUCAUUAUCUGUAACGAAACCUGUAACUUUUAGACCUAAUAAAUAUCUCCUUAUCUCUACUUUCAGUUCAGUUCACCCGCUACAUGGUCAACUUUUCUUGGUAGCGAGCGUGUUAUCCGGGAAGGAUUUUCCAAGCAGGGAGUACCAAAAGCAGCUGUAG